AUGUCGCCAAAAGUUUCAAUAAAAGUCCUAAUAAUACUUCUAGAAUCAAAAGUAUACAACACAGUAACUGUGCCAGUAGAGAGUAAUGAAUCAGACAAUGAAGAAUAUAAUGAAUCGAUCGACACGGAAAAAUCAUCCGUCGUACUUCCGUUAGGUGUAGCAAUGGAUGUUACAUUAGAGGACUUAAAAAUGGGCGAUGGUGGAUAUGAACCAACAAAUAAACAAACAGUAAAACUAUUGACCAUAGAAAAACGUGUAGAGGUUCCUGUCAAUAAGUAUAUUCCACAACCGUAUCCUGUUGAAAAGCCGGUCCCCGUACCAAUUAUCAAGCAUGUACCGAUGAAAAUAUUGGUAACCAAAAAUGUUCCAUAUCCUGUACGAGUACCUGUACCAAAACCAGUACAAGUAAUUAAACACAUUCCAGUACCAGUACCAAUGCCAGUUGAAAAGAUUGUACCAAUACGUGUUAAGCAAUCAGUACCGUUUCCGGUAAAAGUAUAUGUUCCCGUACCAAGUGGUUCAGAUUUUGGCCAGCAACUUAAGAAUAAAACACUUUCUGAUAAUGAAGGUGAUCCGUAUGAAGCCAGUAACACUUUCCAAUACAAUAGCUUGGUACCAAAAGCAAUGAAUAAUCUACGAAAUAAUCUUAAGCAAAUGUUGGGUCAACCUCAACCACAUCCUCCACCUCCUAGACCAAAACAUCAUGGACCAAGCAAAACAAAAUAUCCUCCUUCAAAUAAACCAAAAUAUCAUGGCCACAAACCAUCGCAUGGGCAUGAUCGACAUCCACCUCGUAAAGAGCCAUCUAAAUCAAACGGAGGUAGUCAUGUAGAAACAUUCAAUUUUGAUUACGAUUAUAAUAAAUUUCAUGAAGAAAUUAAAUCCAACAACAAACAUAAGCCAACAGAGAAACCUGUUAGUUAUCACGUACAAAAUGACGACAAAGGUGCUUCACAUUCUUAUUACGAGUACAGCGUAGGUCAUGAUAGUAAACACGCGCCGCCUAAGAAAGGAAAACCAAAACAGGAAAGUACUAAACAUCACCAUCAUUCUGGUAAUCAAGAUACCACAGAGCACCACGACCAUUACAGCCAUCAAGAGUCAUCAAGUCAUCCAAAAACCAUUAAGCAUAAUCAUCAAUACAGCAAUCAAGAUUCAUCCAGUCAUCACCAUUCACAUCAUAAGACUACAAAACCGUCUCACCAUAAUGACGAAGGACCAAAAAAGAAUCAUCAUUCUUCUAAUAACCAUGAAUCUAAUGAAAAUGAAAAUGUUCAUCAUUAUCAUUAUUAUCAUUCUUCAUCACCACAUGAUUCUCAUGAUGAACAUUAUCAUCAAUCUCCACACCCACCACAUUCUUCAUCGCAUCAUCAUGAACAUCCAAGCCAUCAUCAUGAAGAUCAUCGCCAUAAUCAUUACGAACAUUCUGAAUCUGCUCCAGUACCCUUUAAGCAUCAUCAUGGUCCUCCACAUAAUCAUUAUCAUGGACCACCACCCCCCCACUAUUAUGAUGAUGACGAUGAUGGCUAUUUCACAGUACAUGCAACAUAUCAACAUUGA